AAGAACGUUUGUAAUAUACUUACUGUUCAGAAGUCUCAUGGAUUGGGCUCCUAUGAGGCCAAUCAUGAGACUUCCGGCCUGGGCUAUGGAAGGGACCGCAGUUCCAUUGUGGAUGGGAUCAGAACUAUUCCUCUCCCUGGUACAUGUGCAGAUGAGGUGGAUUCAGGAGUUUGCACAUGUACAGGGAGAAGAAUAGUUCAACAAAAGUGAUGUCCUUGUGCAUAGCCCAGGACAGAAACCAGAUAAAGAACAUGAUGUUGGCAAUUGGGUUCCUGAGAGGCCAAUCCACUUGACUUCAGGAUGGUCACUAUAUUGUAAGCUUUCACCUACAGGCAUGUUAAGUGUAAUAAAGGUGGGUAUGGUGGACCUGCUGGAUCUUGGAAAACCACUUUAAUACAGAUUUGUUGACGGUAUGUUGAAAUGCGUACGGUACUGUUUGAGAAACCACAAGAAAUUGUGUAUUCUGGAGACUCCUAGCAGCAGCAUAUGGUCUGAUUAGCUGCACACUAUCUAAUUAGUAGUGGCGGUGAUGAAAAUCCUGAACGCUUUAACGUCACUACCUUAGGGUACAACCACAUGGCGCGGUUGUGUGGCAUUCAGGAUGCGUAGGUGCUGCGAUCAAGAACAACGUGCCCUAAUCAAACUAAUGAGACUGCACUGCUGGUCUGCAUUGUUGAGAGCCGUGCGUCAUUGCAGGGGGCACGUGGCCAUUAACAAUGCAGACUGGGCAAACAAUGUGGUCUCAUUAGUUGAACUAUAGCCCGAUAUGGCCACGGGGUUCUUGAAUGCAGCCAGCCACACCCCAUGACUGCGCCCGUACCCUUAGAUCAAAGGGGAUUUUACUAUUGGUGCUUUCAUUACUUGGACAUCAUAUGGCGGUAUUUUGAAAGUGAAUGGCUGUUAUAUAUGGGUAUGUAGUCGCAGGGGGGGGGAGAUGGCUGUGUUAUGUGGACACUAUAGAAAGUAUUAUUUGGUUACUCUAUGAAGGUAUCAUUUAGACACUGUGGCAGUGUUAUUAGAGCCCUGUGGGCAGUGUAUGAAAGUAUUAUUUUUUAUUUUUUUGCAUUACUUCAUGUACCUACAUGAUUUCUCCUUUAUCUUGCACAUCUGCUAGUACUGAAACCUGAAGAGUUUAGAAUUAGUGCUAAUCUUUCUUCACUUUUCACCGCUUUGGGUAUUUGCAAUCAUAGGUUCAAGGACAUAAUUUAGGGAUAACGUGUUCUAGUAGAGAAAUGUACAAAAGAUCGGUGAGAGUUGAUCCUUCUGUUAUGUUCUUUGAGCAAGGCAAAUAUUAGGAGUGCCCUCCCUCCUGGAUGUGAACAGUUGCACUCUGUAGCGCGCUUGCACGCCCCCUGGUAAUACUCCCUGCCAGCGUGUAUGUUCCAGCUAGUAACAUGUGAGACCGCACUUACCACAUGACACCAGAACCACCUCCUUCCCUUCAUCAUUGUGCUUGGACAGAGGCCACCGGGCUCAGAUGUCAGGCUGUGGAAAACCUUCUGCAUCUGGCUGUACAGGCGGCAGCUUAAUACAUGGCUUCUGCUGGAAACUCCCAAGGAGUGCCGGUGGUACAAAUCACAAAGUUGAAAUUUCCAGGGCCACCUCAAUGAUCAUUGAAGAAACAAGUGAAUCUGUACAAUUCUGGUCUGGCUUUCAAAAAAUCUGGAGAACCUGCUUCACAAAAGACCCAGGAAAUGAGUCAAGAUGAUACAGGCUGCCCAAGUAGUCAGUCUGUGUCGCCAGUCAAGACACCCUCUGAUGCUGGCAUGAGCCCAAUGGGAUUCUGCACCAGAAGUGAGGAUGACUACAGCCACAAGAGAGUCAGUGUGGGAACUUUUGCAGAUGGAAACGUUCAGCCGGCUCGAUACAAAAAGGAACUGAAGAGCGGUUUCCUGAAGACAGGAAGUGAAGCAGACUUCAGUUCUUCUAGCAGUACCGGCAGCAUAUCUGCUCCAGAGGUUCAUAUAAAUGCUGUGUCCGGAGGCAAGAAGACGUCAUUCUCACGCAACUCGCUAAGGCCCCAAGCACACGGCCGUAUUCGGGAUCCGUGUCGCGUCCCAUUCUCCCCAAACGUUCAUAGUCGUGUCUCCCACGGACGAAGUCAUACAUGCUCCUCGACAAAGCCUGUGCACAGUCCCCCUAUCUCGCGUGAGAAGGAUCUUUUUUCAGUUCUCUGCAGAAACCAGACUACCCCAAUAAAUGUUCAUGAUGCCUACGGUGUGUCUUCUCCGAGCAGCAGUAACUCUGGGUCCUACAAGGGCAGCGAUACCAGCCCUACUCUACGACGUACCAUGAGAUAUGCAUCUUGUGGUGAUAACCACGGCAUCAAGCCGCCGUCUCCUGAACAAUAUCUGACCCCACUUCAGCAGAAGGAAGUCUCUAUACGGCACCUGAAAGCAAAGUUAAAGGAGUCACAGGGCACCCUGGAGGAAAGGGAAACAGAAAUAGAAGACCUUAAAUCUCAGCUCGCUCGCAUGAGAGAAGACUGGAUUGAAGAGGAAUGUCAUCGUGUGGAGGCCCAACUUGCCUUGAAAGAAGCCCGGAAGGAAAUCAGACAACUAAAGCAGUUCAUUGAGACCAUGAAAAACAGUUUAGCUGAGAAGGAUAAAGGAAUUCAGAAAUAUUUUAUAGACAUUAAUAUUCAAAACCGUAAGUUGGAGACUCUGCUGCGUAGCAUGGAGCUGGCUCAAGAUGGGGCAUUUAGAGAGGACUCGUGUUUGGACUACAUAUGUAACUCUCCAGGGGCGUCUCUUACAGAAAGUGCCAUUUACGAUAAAAUGUCGGAUGCACUUCUAAUGGAAGACCAAGCAAUGGACGAAAUGGCAGAUUGUGACCUCCUGAAUGAUGAUCUGGCAAACAGAGACUGUUUGUAUGAUGAUGUUGUCAUGGACACCAUGAGUGAUGGAAGUCUGACAAAUUUGAAUUCUACCACAUUGCAGGGCAAGGUCAGCUUUGAAAAGGACAGGGAGAAAUUUAAUUCCAAAUGGGCAAAAGGUUCAAGUUGGAUGGAACAGGCAAUCCAGACCGAUAUUGUUCCUUACAGCCUUGAUCUUGAAAACCUCAUUCUGAAGAUCUUCAAAUCUCAUAAUGACAAGCUGAUUGGUCAGUCUUCUGUUUUGCAGGGGCUCCAAUUAAAGUGUUCUACUAACUUAAUAGAUUUGACCCCCGAUGAUCCAAAUUCUGCCAUACUUCUAUCUCCGGAUUCUCAGAACAAUGAUUCUCUUCUAAUUCCCAUGUCAAACCGUGCCAUGAAAGAACUUGAUUUUGAUGGACCUUCAGUUCAGCUGCCAAGUACAGACACGGCACAGACCUGUGUAGCCGAGAAACACUGGAGUGACCAUUUUUUGACCGACCUCCUGGCUGUGGCUGUGCCUGUAAUUCCUUCAGUUUUAUGGGCAUUCACUACCCAAAGAGGAAAUCCUGACCCGGUGUAUAACUUUGGUACGAUGAUGCGAGGUUGUUGCUUGAUGGCUUUACAUACUCUUCGGAAAACCUCAACCAACACUUAUAUUUAAUUCUUGACGUUUUGUAGAACUUUGACCUAUACCAUCGACUGGACAUUGUCCUGUUCUACUGCUUAAAGGGGAAACUGUAAAUGAUCUCCCAGUUUUUUUAAUCUCUUAAAAAGGACCCACUAAGUUCCAAAUUUUUGUUUUGCUUUUGUUUGGUACUCUCUAUGGCUUGUUCGAUAGAUUCACAACCAAAAAGCUAAAUAUAUAGCUCUGGGAUUUCAGAAAUAUUGAAUACUAUAAAGCCUUAUUCAGGUGGGUGUUUUGUACCAAUGACUGUCCGAAUUCUAGACAUAACACCUGGAUCCAUUGUGGGUCUGCUGGAACUGAGCUUACAGCAGCAUAGCCGUCUGAUUCAGUUCAGUAGGGGUUCCUGAUGUUGAAAUCAAAACUACAUAUGGUUGAAAGUGUACAAUGCGCUUGUCUGAAUGAGUUUACUCAUUUUCCAUCUCUGAUGCAACACUGCCAGAAUAUAAUGUUAGUGUGUUACUGCCCCUUUAAUGACAUUUGCUGUGAUGCAUAGAGCACUUACUAAAUUGAAUAAAUUUCAAUUUGGCACUUUUGCACCUAAAAUGGUUUUCAUUUGCACUUUAUCACCUAAUUCACUUUAGGUUUCUUAUUAAAUACAAAAGAAAAAAUUUACUUUAGGUUUCUUAUUAUUAAAUAGAAAAGAAAAGUAAAAAUCAUAAUUCACUUUACAUUUCUUACUAAAUGCAAAAGAAAAAAUAAUAAUGAAUUGAUAGCUUUCCCUUCAUAAAUUGCACUGAAUUUGUAAAGGAAAAAAAAGUUAUUUGCUCUUGAAUGUGACUAUUCCAAAUCUUGCACUUGUACAAUUGACUUUUCCUGCUGCUCUUUAUUGCUGUGCUUCUUGUGUGAUAUUUGAAUUUUUUUUUCUUGCCCUGCACUAGCACCUGAGACGUUCACUGACCUCGCCAUACCCUUCUUCUACGUAACCCAUUUGCUGGCGUAUUUGUGUAUGACCUAUGACUAUCCAUUGCAUUCCAGAUAUUCCUAGCAGCGCUGUUCUCCGCACCAUUUCAUAGUGCCCCGGUUUCCGCUGUAGGUGCGCUUGGCUGUCUGUGAAGUAUUUUAUUGUUGCCUAUGGUAAUGUAAGUUUUCUUGGUAACUGCAUUGUGUCAGAGCAUGUUGUACUGAGUCGUGCCUGUAUUUAAGAGGUUAUUGCAAAGUGUUUACAGCGUAACAUAGUAUGCAAGAUGUAUUUAUAGAUCCAGUGUAUAGUAAGUAUAAGAAAGUCUAGAAGUGGACCACUUCCAUAUUUAUAAGUAUAUAUUAUGUGUUGCUGUAUGCAAACACAGCUUGCCGGAUGUCUGUAUGUACAGAUUCAAUAAAGACCUUC